AAGGAUCUGCAGAGGGGAGGUGAAACCAAAACAAAUGAUAAUAAUGAGAGAUGUGUCCAUUGCAAAAUCAGAAUAUAUUCCAAGUGAAAGGAUGAUUUCAAAGAUCCAAGGCUUCCAAGAAGACAAGGAACUCUUCAGAUACUGCACUCUCCCUGAGAUUCUGAAAUAUGUGGUGUGCUUCACUGGACCCAAUAUUAUGGCCAUGCAUGCAAUGCUUAUAAACAAACCUCCAGAUUCUGGCAAGAAGACAUCCCGCCAUCCCUUGCACCAGGAUCUGCACUACUUCCCCUUCAGGCCCAGCAAUAAAAUUGUCUGUGCUUGGACAGCCAUGGAGCACAUCGACAGGAACAAUGGCUGUCUGUGUGUGUUCCCAGGCACACACAAAGGCUAUCUGAAGCCACACAAUUAUCCCCAAUGGGAGGGGGGCGUGAACUUAAUGUUCUAUGGGAUCCAGGACUAUGAUGAAAACAGCCCCCGCGUGCACCUCGUGAUGGAGAAAGGAGACACCGUUUUCUUUCAUCCUUUGCUCAUCCACGGAUCUGGCUGGAACAGAACUCAAGGAUACCGCAAGGCAAUUUCCUGCCAUUUCGCCAGUGCUGACUGCCACUACAUCGAUGUGAAAGGCACCAGUCAAGAAAUCGUUGAGAGGGAAGUUAUGGAGUUAGUACACAGAUUAUACGGAAUUCCGAAAGAUACCAGCUUGCAGGAUGUCUUUAGACUGGGAGGACAGCUGGUGAAAGGAAGAAGGACCAACCUUUGAAGUGGCCGUCUGCUGGAGCUCUUUGAGAGGAAACCAAAAGGAAUCAAGAUGCCUAUGGAACCUGUUUUAUUAAUGAGCUGUCCUAAUCUUUCUGUCACUUGUUAUGAAGAUCACAACGCACUUACAGGGAACUUUAUGGGAUCUGGUUAGCUCUGGGUGAGGGGCUGUUGCUUUAAUGGAUGAACAGGUGUAACAGUGGCAUAUUACUAUUGUCAGGAAUACUACUUUGCACCUAAUAAAGGUCACUGAUGUCUAAUUUAA